AUGGCGUCCGGCGCUGAAACUGAAACCGCGACUGAGUUUACAAGUCGGGUUACCCAGCAGCUUGUAGGAGGUAUAGCUGGUAUUGGGCUAGCCAUGGGUAUGGAGACGGGUCUGUUUGAUGUGAUGAUCUCAAUGGGAGGGAACAAGAAAACCAGCCAGGAGAUUGCGGACUUGGCUGGCAUGAAAGAAAGGUAUGUAAGGGAGUGGUUGGGAUGCAUGGCCGCCGCAAACAUCGUGAACUUUGACCCCAAAGAAGGGAAGUUCUGGCUUCCAUCCCACCGAUCAAACAUCAUAGAGUUGAAAGGUCUGGCGAUGACGUUACCCAUUCUUUAUGGAGGAUUCCUCAAAGUUGCAGAAUGCUUCAGAAAGGAUGGGCCAACAGGGGUUCCUUUUGAAAAGUAUCACAAACUUGACGACCUGAUUCAUCUGACGCAAGGGCGUUUCUGUCAGGAUCAGCUGCUUCAAGAAUUCCUUCCAUCUAUGCCUCAGUUGCAUCGCUGUCUUGAGACUGGAAUUCACGUUCUGGAUCUCGGGUGUGGGGAAGGUACAGCCACCAUCACAAUGGCUAGACGCUUUUCCAAGAGCAGGUUUUACGGACUGGAUAUAUCUCAACCCGCCCUCAGAACAGCUCGAUACAAAGCAGCCGAGAUGGGUCUCUCCAAUGUCGAAUUCGUCAAGGCCGAUAUCUCGCUCAUGCCCACUGAUUGGACGGACAAAUUCGACUACCUCUUUGUUCAUUUCGUCCUUCAUGAUCUCUCAUACCCCACCAAGGCUCUCCGAGAGAUGCAUCGGGUGCUCAAGCCCGGAGGAACCCUCUCGGUGAUCGAGAUCAAUGCGUAUUCAAAUCUGGAGGAUAACUUAGAGAGACAAGACAGAAAAUCCAUAGUCCUCGCAUAUUCGUAUAGUUUGGUGACCUGUUUGCCUAUUUCACUCUGCCCGGGAGACGGGGCAGGCUUGGGUGGAUUGUGGGGCAGGGAGGAGGCGCAGAAAGCACUUGAACAGGCAAAGUUCCAGGUAGUGUCUGUUACUGAAGCAUCGACGGGGUGCACUUGA